UGGGACUUUCCUCUUUCAUCUUCAGCGUCUCUGGAUUCGCUUCUCAUUUUUACAGCCUCCUUCACUGAGAGAGUCUGACCAGCUGCUCAUUUUUCGAGUGUAAAUCUUUUUGGUCACUUUUACCAAAAUGUCUGAUCCUCAAGAUGGACCCCUGCUCCGGACUCCCAGUGUAACAACGUCAACAGGGAGCUCCAACAAGCAGGCUCUGAAGGUGACGGCGCUGACCCUGCUCGCCACUCUCCUUAUCGCAGGCCAGGCUUUCACCGCCUACAUGCUGUUCAACCAGAAGGAGAGGCUGAGCACUCUGGAGAGCCACUCUACCCGUCUGGAGGAGCUCGGCCGCAGGGCCACAGCCAUGCGCAGUCCCAUGAAGAUGGCACUGCCCAUGAACUCUCUCCCUCUGUUGAUGGACGACGCUGUCACUGAGAAGAAGGCCCCGUCCACUCCUGCUCCCAAGAAAGAACUGACCCAGUGCCAGCAGGAGGCUACAGGUUUGGUGGACGUCCGCAUGCACUCUUACAAGCCCACCUGCGAUGAGAAUGGAGACUACGAGCCUCAGCAGUGCUGGGAUGCAGCCAAUAAGUGCUGGUGUGUGGACAAGAGCGGAGCCAUGCUGGAAAACUCUAUGGCAGAUGGCCCUGCUGACUGUGGCAAAGCCAAAGUUGGAGCUCUGGAGUAAGAUGUGAAUCUGCAGCUUCAUGAAGAUUUCUUUCUCAUUUCUUUUUUCCUCUAUGCACAACAAUGUAUGCUACUUUAGUUUUAAAGCUUUAAGAUGCAGAGUGCUAUACAUUUUUAUGGGAUCAUUGAAUAAAAAUACUUGGGCUUUAGCAUUAUACAUUUAGUAGGAUACUUGGAUAAAAAUACAGCUUCCUCAGCAAAUAGAUCCUCACUUCUCAUCACUUCUUAACUGUGUAGAUGAUGCUAUAUUGAAGAGUAUGCUAUACUAUAUUGCCUGGUUAUUGGUUAGUUAUAGAAACUGUCCUUCUCUGUCAACAUGAUAUUUAAGAUCAAGUUAAGAUCUGAUUACUAACCUUUUUCAUUUUUGAUGCUGUGUGAAAUGACAGUGAAUGGUGCAUGGAGGAAGUAGAAGGAUAAUGGACCUCGACAAUUGGAAAAGGGUUCAAAUAAAUUUUUUACUAACAA